UCCUUCUUCCUUUUAAAGUUCACGUUUUUUCGAUGCUAGUGCUUUUCAAUUUAGCUUGCCCAUGAAUUCAAAAGAAAUCCAAGUGUCCCUUACUUCACGCCUUGAAGAUAUCAAAACAUUAAAAUCUAAUAAAGAAUCAUAAGAAAGCAGACGUGGAGAAAACGGAUUCCCUUCCCUCCCAAUCCCAUCGAGACGCGCCGCUUCGACUAUCUCCAAACGUGACCCUACAUCUCCCUCCAAGCCAGCGGAGACCAACUCAGGGAAGAGGCAAUCAUCUGAAAUCCGCUGCGGGCACGUACAGCAGCCACUUCAAGGCUCUCUUCAACGACUCCCAACCAAAGGCUCUCGAAAUUUUGAGCUGCGCUAGAGAGGAUUGAAACUCCAUGAACCUCACAUCUUAGUUAGCACCAUAGUGUCGUCCAAUCUGCCAUCAUCUCCUUCUUUUUUCUUAAAUUUUUCUGGGUAAAGGUUUGAGAAACUCAUCUCCUCCAGAUCCGGUUGAACCCACCCGACUGACCCAUUUACCGGCUUAACCCGAAACCGAACCUGUGUUUGGGCGGAAUCGGACCACAAUAUCAUGCACUCGGUUUUGAGCCCAAAACCUUUGGCUAUAAUCUGAUAGCCAUUGUUGCAGGUUGCAGCCAGCAAUGGAGGUCUCAACCCCGGCCACUAUGUUAAGACCAUUUUGCCCCUCAUGCUCCUUCUCUCUAUCGCUCUCUUCAUGCUCCAGUACUCUAGCUUCCCUUACUCCCCACCGAAGAAAAAUGAAGUUAAUCCAGAUUGUCAACAAAUACAAUGGCAUUCGAAAUUUCACCGUGCCUAGUAAUUAUAUACAGUUUAGAGCAGAUUCAUGCUGUCUGAAGAGGACAUCUUGGGGGUUGAAUAGAUACAAUGACAUGAGGUAUAAAUGCAGUUUUCCAUAUGAGACUCCGGGUCGUGUUUCAUUCAAGACAUUUUCAAAUGCAUCAACUAGCAUGGUGGAGGAAAUGACCGAGGAAGAAGAGCUGAAUUCUUUUCUUUCUCAUGAAACACAAGCUAGGGCAGUGCCUGUGGCUCCUUACAAUCAUGAAUUUUCCACCACUGCUGCUAAAAGAGCAUUGUCUGGUGGUGACAAUCGAGGCUGGACUAGAGAAAAAAAUAAGUUAGCUGAAGGUAAAAAGGAAAUGAAUGACCCAAGCAAAUUUGAGAGGAAAAUUGGUAGUUCUUACGCGUCUAAUCGAUUUACUUCCGUUGGUCAGAAACAAGCUGUUUCCAAGAAUGCGAUUAGCAACCUUGUACUCCAGGACCAUAGUGAACAUGUCUCAUCUUCUGUUAAAUCUUCUGUAUUAAACCAUUCAAAGGUGAUUACAGAUUCAGAAACAGUGGUCCGCCAAUUUAAUGAAUCUUCAUUAGAGAUCAGUGAAGAGAAAAUUACCAGAGUUAAUGGUGAUUGCAGUUUUGAUGUAACUACAGAGGAGUCAAGUAAUGCAACAAUUCCUAGAGAAGCACACGGUACUGACAAAUCAAGACUUCGGGACAGACUCUGCAGUAUCUAUGAAGAUAUUCUGGUGGUUGAUAAUAUUCCUCUUGCUUUGGAAGUUUCUAAGAUGCUCACAGGAAAGUACCGGCAUCUUAUUUAUGCAUGUGAUACUGAGGUAGCCAAAAUAGAUGUCAAACAAGAGACGCCUGUAGAUCAUGGGGAGAUAACAUGCUUCAGCAUUUAUUCUGGUCCAGAAGCUGAUUUUGGAGGUGGAAAGUCUUGUAUCUGGGUAGAUGUUCUUGAUGGUGGCGGCAAAGAAAUUUUAGAAAAGUUUGCUGAAUUUUUUAGUGAUUCUUCCAUCAAGAAGGUCUGGCAUAAUUAUAGCUUCGACUGUCAUGUUAUAGAGAAUUAUGGAUUCAAAGUUUCUGGUUUUCACGCUGAUACAAUGCACAUGGCACGAUUAUGGGAUUCAUCAAGACGUUUGGAUGGGGGUUAUUCUCUUGAAGGACUUACUAGUAACAGAAGGGUGAUGUCUAGGGCUCAGCUUAACCAUGAAAAGGAUUUGAUUGGAAAGGUGUCAAUGAAAACUAUAUUUAGUAAGAACAAGGUGAAAAAAGAUGGAUCUGAGGGUAAAGCAACUACCAUUGCGCCUGUUGAAGAGUUACAGAGAGGUGAGCGUAUACCUUGGAUAUGUUAUUCUGCCUUAGAUGCUAGAAGCACUUUGAAGCUGUAUGAGAGCCUGAAGAGCCAUCUUUCAGACAUGCCCUGGAAAUUUGAUGGCCUGCCAGUUAAUGGGAAAACCAUGUAUGAUUUCUACAAUGAAUAUUGGCGGCCAUUUGGAGAACUUCUAGUCAUAAUGGAAUCUGAGGGAAUGCUAGUUGAUCGGUCAUAUCUUCAAGACAUUGAAAAAGUGGCCAAAGCAGAGCAAGAGGUAGCGGUUGAUAGAUUCCGGAAGUGGGCAUGUAAGUAUUGUCCCGAUGCCAAGUAUAUGAAUGUGGGAAGUGAUUCACAGUUGCGCCAGCUGCUUUUUGGUGGUACUGUGAACAGAAAAGACUCCAAUCUGGCACUUCCAACUGAGCGAACUUUCAAAAUUCCGAAUGUUGAAGAAGUGGUUGAAGAAGGAAAGAAGGCUCCCAAAAAAUUUCGUGAUAUAAUGUUGAGUAGCAUAGGUUGUAACCUUGAGACAGAGAUGUACACAGCAAGUGGUUGGCCAUCAGUUAGUGGUGAUGCGUUAAAAGCACUGGCUGGAAAUAUUUCUGCUGAAUAUGACGUUAUUGAUGAGGCUGGUAACUUGGAUCUUGAUGGUAAAGAUGGGAAUCCUUCUCAAAGUCAUAUUGCAGCUGCUAAGUUUGAUAAAUCUUCAUAUGGAACAGCUUUUGCAGCUUUUCCAACAGAGGAAGAAGGGAGAGAGGCUUGCCAUGCUAUUGCUGCUUUAUGUGAAGUCUGUUCCAUAGACUCUUUGAUUUCUAAUUUCAUUCUUCCCCUCCAGGAAUAUAAUAUAUCAGGAAAGGAUCACCGUGUUCAUUGUUCCUUAAAUAUCAACACUGAGACAGGACGCUUGUCGGCAAGAAGGCCCAAUCUACAGAAUCAACCUGCUUUAGAAAAAGACCGAUACAAAAUCCGUCAAGCAUUCAUAGCUGCUCCUGGGAAUUCUCUUAUAGUUGCUGAUUAUGGGCAGCUGGAACUUAGGAUUCUUGCACAUCUUGCCAGCUGUAAGAGCAUGUUGGAUGCCUUUAAAGCUGGGGGAGAUUUCCAUUCAAGAACUGCAAUGAAUAUGUACCCAUAUAUUCGUGAAGCAGUUGAGAAGAAACAUGUGCUUCUUGAAUGGCAUCCUCAGCCUGGUGAAGAUAAACCUCCAGUUCCUCUAUUGAAGGAUGCCUUUGGUUCUGAAAGAAGAAAAGCUAAAAUGCUUAACUUCUCAAUUGCAUAUGGGAAGACUCCAGUGGGGCUUUCCAGGGAUUGGAAGGUUUCUGUGAAAGAAGCUAAGAAAACAGUUGACCUUUGGUACAACGACAGAAAAGAAGUUUUGCAAUGGCAAGAGGAGCGUAAAAAAGAAGCUCGCGAGUUUCAUUGUGUUCACACAUUGCUAGGGCGAGCCCGGCGGUUCCCUUUGAUGGCCCAAGCUAACACCUACCAGCAAGGUCACAUUGAGCGAGCUGCUAUUAAUACUCCAGUGCAGGGUAGUGCUGCUGAUGUUGCCAUGUGUGCCAUGUUACAAAUUUCUAAUAAUAAACGGUUAAAGGAGCUUGGGUGGAAAUUACUUCUACAGGUUCAUGAUGAAGUCAUAUUGGAAGGACCAACUGAAUCAGCUGAGGUUGCAAAGUCUAUAGUUGUUGAGUGCAUGUCCAAACCCUUUUAUGGCAAGAAUAUUCUUAAUGUUGAUCUCUCUGUUGAUGCCAAGUGUGCUCAAAACUGGUACUCUGGAAAGUAGUAGGUACUUAAGGGUGGGUUUGGAACCGUGUUACCGUUGCUUCUGACGUGCGUAAUUGCCAAAACAAUGAUAUAAAAGUUUUGAAAAAAUGUACAUAUGUAAACUAUGGACGCGGAUACUAACAUACACUAAGAGCAUGAAAAGUCAUGGCUGUAUUUGGGAGAUGCUAUCUGAUUGCAAUUAAAAGAGGGUGCAACUUUGGUGCUUGUUUUGUCAAGGCAACAUCAAUGCCUUAAGUAUUAUGUGCUUGAUUCUAUAGAGGUUUGGAAUGCUUUCGUAAUACCAAAGAAGUAAGGGAGUUUGUCGUGGUUUCAUAUAUCCCAGGCAUAAUCAGAGAAUUAAGAUUUUGUGGUUCAAUGGAAAUCCAAAUAUAUUGAAUCAGGAUGCAGCAAAAGGCCAAAACAAAACCACUGGCCUUGGUUGUUUACUUUGUUACUUGGCAGGUUUUUUUCAGUCUUAUUUUGAAUAUAUACCUGGUUUUCAUGCCUUGCAUCUUUUAGCUUGAUGCAAACUUGAUCUGGAAUGUAUAUAAAGAAUAUGAUGAAGUGAAAAUUCUUAAAUUUAUAUUGUGUUUAAA